AUGAAUACAAGUGAGACCAUCUUAAUUACCUCUCACAAUAAUAAUAAUAAUUCAUAUCAAACAAAUAAAUUAUUAUAUAAAACAUCAAUUGAUUAUCAAUAUAUAGUAGCUAUUGCUUAUGUAUUUAUUCAAACAACAAUUUGUUCAAUUGGUUUCAUAUUGAAUAUUAUUAAUUUCAGUAUAUUCAUAUGCAGAAAAUUUUCAGCGUCUGCUUAUAUAUUAAUGACAGUUUUAUCACUUGCUGAUGCUAUUACAUUAGGAGUUAGGAUACCUCAAGGUUGUAUUUUCCUUCCACAUUUGAAUCAUCAUGCAACGGAUGCAGCUAUCUAUAUUUAUAUGUACAGUAUAUAUGUUGAAACACCUGUAUCAAAUAUGACAGAAAAUAUCAGUGCAUGGUUAACUGUAGCACUUGCUAUUGAACGUUAUGUCAGUAUGAAACAUUGGUCUUUAUCAAAACGAUAUUUUACACGUAAAAGUACACGUCAAUUAAUUGCUUCGAUAUGUAUAAUAGCAUUUAUUUUUAAUAUACCAUAUUUUGCAAUUCAACGAGUAUCAUUAAAAUAUGUUGAUGGUGUAUUACAAUUACAUAGUGAUUUAACUAGUUUUUCACGUUCAACAUAUUAUGCAUUUUAUUCUUGGUUACGUAUUGUAUUUGUUCAAAUUAUUCCAUUAUGUUUCUUAUGUGUUUCAAAUUGUUUAUUAUUUAUACUUGUAUCACAUCAUAAUCGUCGAUUUACCAAUAAUAAAAUGAAGAAUAAUACUAAUAGUAAAGAAAAUAAAUUAUCUAGAAAUAUGUUUAGCAAAUCAAAAACACAUAAACAACAAAUUCAAGUCGAUGAUGCAUCACAAGAUAGUUGUACAGAUGCUAUAAAUUAUUUCGGUGAACAAAAAUUAAUUAAUGAAUCUAAUUUACAGUCAAUUGAAGGAAAUGAACUUGCUAUUCCAGAAAAAAUGAAUAACAAAAAUGAAGUUGAGUUGACUUCCAGAAAGAGUACUCACGAUAAUAAUAAUAAUAAUAAUAAUAAUAGUAACGAUAAUAAUAAUAGUAGUAUUAAAAUCAAAAGACCAACAUUGAAAGAUCGUUCUAAACAACGAAGGCAAAAUGCCCAAACAAAAUUAACUAUAUUGUUAAUAGCUGUGAUUUUAUUAUUUUUAAUUGGUCAAGUACCCCAAGCAUUAGCUUAUGUUCGAGUAUUCACUACACUUGGUGUAUGCUCUAUUGAUCAAAUACAAACAUGUGUAACUUAUCAUUUAUAUAGAAUGAUAACAAUUAACUUAGCUCAAUUUGCAUUCGCAUCAACAUUUUUUCUUUAUUUAUUUCUUAAUAGAGAUUUUCGAGAAACACUUAGGUAUACUUAUUGUCGUCUGUGUCAAAAAUGUUGUAAAAUUUCUGAAACUAAUCAAGGAUUAUUAAGAGAAACAAAGUACCUUAGCGAACCACCUAAUCUCCAGAAAUAA